AUGCCCAGUGCUUUAAUUUUAUUAGCAGAAGGUGCCGAAGAAAUAGAAACUGUUGUUGUUGCUGAUAUUUUGGUUCGAGGAAAGGUAAAUGUAACAAUUGCCAGUUUAACGAGAGCUGAUUCUGUUAAGUGUAGCAGAAAUGUCGUCAUAAAGCCUGAUGUGUCGUUAUCUGAAGUUGAUUCUAGCAAUUUCGACAUAUUAAUUCUGCCUGGUGGACUGAAAGGAGCUGAGAAUCUUUCGAAGUGCAAUGCUGUUGGAGAGUUAUUGAAAAAAUUUGAACAACAAAAUAAGUACAUUGCCUGUAUCUGUGCUGCUCCUACAGUUUUGGCCACCCAUAAAAUAGCGACAGGAAAUAAGGUGACAUCAUAUCCGAGUUUUGAAAAACAGUUAACGGAAUCAGGUUAUGUAUACAGUGAGGAUUUAGUUGUUGUGGACAAUAAACUGAUCACAAGCAGAGGACCAGGCACUUCAUUCGAAUUUGCUCUAACCAUACUAGAAAAAUUGAUCGACAAGCAAUGCAGAAAUUCUGUUCAACAGCAACUACUUCUGAAAUAA